GCACUGGUGUUACACUUGAACAGCACUGCUCUCAGCCAAUCAGAAUCGAGUAUUUUUUUCAUGUAUAUUAUUAAUGGGGGAACACUGCCUUGCGAUUGCUUAACCCAUGUGACUUUCAUCAAUAGUGCGACAAACAACCCCACUUAUCUCCCAGCACUAUAAUGAGCUGAAUGACAGACAGCAUGUGCUGGAUCGGACAAGAGUAUCAGUUAGCAAGCAAUAUUCAAAGGCGAUGAAAAAACAAGCUUGGGGGAAGUCACUGUGCAGACUUAACCACACUACACAUAAGUGGCCGUUAGUUUAUCAUGUAGGAAUACAUGACCAACCCUGUCUCCAAAGGGAGGGAGGGAGAAAAAAUUUACAAUAGAUUUACAGUAAAUAAUAACUGUGUUGCUUAGUCAAACAUGAAAUGAACUCUGAAAUGUUGUUUGAGCUUUUAAAUGUAGACGUUUCAAGGGUAAGCUGUACUGCUGAACAGCUUACCCUGGCAUGUGUAACAUCUUAACAUGAAUAGUGCUUUAAUGCUUUGCACCAAUGCUGUGGUUUGUUACAACGUUCUGAAGGUAACAAAGCUAUGAUGUUUUAGGUUUAGCUACAAUAAAGCUUACAGUUUGCUGACCUUCGAAAUAUAACUGCUCAAUAGCUCUAUAGAAAGCGAUGCCGCCAUGAACGGCUCAUUGAGAACGUAUGUCACGCUCCAUUAACUUAUUAGCUUAAUGAGCAGAGAGCUUGCUUAUGUUUAUAAGCUAUAUGCGGGAGUAGUUCCUGGAUCCAAUGGUAUUGAUAUUGGACUUGAAUAAAAGGUCCCAUAGCAAUCCCAUAUCAGAUGUUAGUAUAUGUCCAGCUACUAUCAAGGGGAAUUAUAUGGGACUUUGUGAAAUAUGUAGCAAUCCCAUAGAACAGUGUCAGGAUCAGGUGAUGUUCAUGCAGGUAUGGGGCUCACCCAGGGCUUUCAUUAAGGACGGCAACUUGUAACACCUGUUACGGUUGAGUAUGCUUGAUGGACCCUUGAUUUUAUGGGUGAACUGUUCUAUAGUUCAUACAAUUCAUCUGACAAGUUUUUUUACCGGUGUGAACAUAAAGGCUACAGUUGACUUAAAACUUAAUGACAACCCUGCACACCUAUACCAAUCCCAAACCACAUGUUAUGCAGAAUGUAUAGAACUUUACAAACAGUAGCCAUCCCAUAUAGCAAUAAACAAAAGAGUAAGGAAAGUAAAAGACAGUGGCUUUGUAUGGGUUUGAUAUAUUUAGGGCAAUCACUUUUUCCUUCUUGUCAUGACCCCCUUGGGGUAAUGGGCUAGUAUUAAGGGCAACAGCCCAUGUUAAAUCCACCUACCAAACAUUAGUAUGGGCCAUAGCUUCUUUCACUUAAGCUUGCGCCAUAUGUGUCCCAUACAUAUACCAUUUGAUUCUGUAAGAACACUACUUUUACAAGUAACUGAGCAUUAUAUAAUAAAUUAUACUAAAUAAAUAUAAUUUGCCCCUUACUUGAGUUAAAUCUAAUUGUCCUUCCUUUUUCAGUGGUCUAUCCACUUUAAGAAAAUUAAAAGAUUACCUAUCUAACAAUAGAGGACAUCAAGAAACAUUUCGAUCCUGUGUGCUAUGAUAGGAAGAACAUUUGUAAUCAGGAUGAAAUUACAGUAUCAGAGCAAGCUGAAUAUAGUGGGAUGUAUUUCAAUGAAUUUGAAGGCAAAAGGACAAGCUGCUUUAAAGAACAGCUGGCUGAAAAAAAAGUGGAAUUUAGAUGCCCGGCAGUUGGUGGUAUUGGCAAUAGGCAACUAAAUGUGGGGGCUACUGGUCAGACUAUUACUUUGGGGAAAUUUAAGAAAUCUGAAGAGUAUGAAGUGGGUCCAGUCCAUGAAGACUUCAGUGGCGCCCAAAGUCCCUGUUCUAGCAACGAGAGCGAGCAAAGAGAGCUUGCUGCACAAGGAAACGUAAACAGCAUUCCACUUGCACUCCGCGUGGCUAACAUGAUUGUGACCCAGUAUGCGAAAGGUGAUGAAGCUCUCAAGCCUGAAGAAGUCAGUGCCUUGCAGUCAGCGUUUGGUCUCUUGAUGUCUGUCUCAUCGAGCGGACCAGAUUACAACAGAAACGGAAUAGGAGGCAAAUUUGGUUAUUCAGCUUCAGAUAUGACCCAUAACAAGACGGUUGAAAGCAGAUUGGCUGACGUUGAAACCAAGGUAGCACAUCAUGAAGAACUCAUUCGUUCUAGACAGAUUAGCGUGGAGCAAAUUAAAGCCGACCAUCGUAUGACUUGUAACACUGUUCAAGUUCUUAAAGACGAUGCUGCUAAGCUUCAAAGCGAUUUUGGUGAAAUGAAGUCAGUGUUUCAGCAUCAGUUCACAGAAAUUUUCCAUUUUCUGAGCAUGCAAACUCACACUCACGAAGAGCUCAGUAGAUUUAUCAGAAACGUGAAAGUAGACAUGGAGGAAGGGAUCCAAACAUUGGAGCGACGUUCACAAUCACUCAAAGUCAUGGUGGAUAACUUGACCAAAACAAUUACUAAAUUACACUUGGUUUGUGAAGUUUGUGGAGCACCUACUAUACAGGGUGCUCCGUGAGUCUUAGUACAUGCAAUUAUCACUGUAGUCUAGAAGUCAGUAAAAAAAAAUAGUAACUCAGUUUAAGCGGAACCUUAUACGCAUCAUUAGGCUACUGGUUGGAAUAUGCCAAAGUUUGCGUUUUGUCGCCAUCGACCAAUACACGAUUGUAGGCUCCUGGAUGCAGUAGGGGUUUUAAAUACGGUUCUUUAUCACUGUUGGUUUACAAGACUUUCUAAAAAUAAGUACUAUGUAUUAUACGUAUCAAGAAUAAGGAGGGGUUAUGUCAUUAAAAUACAAUCAACGGCGUGGCUCGUGUAAUUGCCAAACAGAGCUACUAGCUACCUUCUAAUUGUUCAGCAGCAAUCACUGACCAUUCAGCAACAAAUCGUCAAGAAAUGUGUUGAAAACUGUAAAAGAUUUGUAGAAGAAACUAGAAAACAGAACAAUACAGACACACGGUUAGUCUUAAGUGUUUUUUUGUACGUCAUCCGAUAGAAAACUUCUGGAAUUGAGUUGUAGGUAUUUGCUUAUGGCAGCAUUUGCAAAGUACUAAUUAAGAGCAUUUAUUUAUCUUUAUAGUUAGGGUAAUGAUAAACAUAGAAAAGGACUUUGUUACUUGUACCCGAGGCAUUUAGGCAACCAGCGCUGGUAAACAAAGAUGCCAUCAAAGUACAUUUUAUGUAUGGUAUAUUUCAAAAAAUGCGAGUUUACGUGAUGGUGUUUGGAUGUCUGAUCUUAAUUAGGAAAUACGGAGAAGGAAAAAAAUUGAAAGACGGAGAAAUAAAAUCGUUAAAAUUUAAGCUACUUAAGUUCAGAUAUCCAAACACCGUCACGGUUAUGAUUUCCCGUGUUUCAACGUGAUGAAUAUUAAAUGAGUUUUAGAAGCCUUCUUAUCAAAUGGCACUUGGGCACGCUAAGCAGCAUCAGCUUUUUGUAGCCCAAGGACAGUUUUGAGAUCGUUUGAAAUGUGUUCACAGACUUGUGAGAUAUGGGUUUGAAUGCGCACAUGAAAUAUCAUUACUGUUUGGAACAAGCUGUACAGCUUUUAGGUAAAAAAAAAAGAAAACAGGUACAGCCUAAUAACUAAAGAAAUAGAGUAAGUUUAUAGGUUUAGUUACUUAAUUUCAAAGAAUACAUGCGUUAAGUUAUAGCUAUAGGAUUAGCCCGCAUGCCUGUGAUAGUUACGAAACAGUGAUAAACGGAAUGUUGCUUCAGUUCUUGCAAGGGCGUGAUAGUAUCUUGUAUCAUUGUAUUAUAUUUGUCUCGUAAAAAUUGAAUCAGGUGACACCCUGUAAAAGAUCAAGAAAAUAUAUAAAUUAGAUUAAGUAUAUUGAUGUAAAGUUUAGCAGAUAGUAAUUUUACGACCAAUUUUAUGUUUUUAGAGCAUAAUAUAACAACUCGACACCGGUUUUAAGAGUGUACUUUUUAAAAUGAUGCAAUUCAAAAGGAGGACUGAAAUUAAAAUAAGUAUUUUUUUAUGGUU